AUGGAUCGGUACCUGAGAGUGGAGAAACUGAGAGUAGAGACGCCGAUUGAUGCGAAUGAGAUUCGUAUUACAAGUCAGGGAAGGAUGCGCAACUAUAUCACCUAUGCCAUGAGCCUGCUUCAAGAAAAGGAUUUGAGCGAAAUUGUCUUCAAGGCAAUGGGAAGAGCCAUUAACAAGACCGUGACGAUUGUGGAGUUAAUAAAAAGAAUUGUUGGUCUUCAUCAGAAUACUUCAAUUGGAUCCACUGACAUAACUAAUACAUGGGAGCCCCUAGAGGAAGGCCUCCUUCCAUUGGAAACCACAAGGCACGUGUCAAUGAUAACAAUAACCCUUUCAAAGAAGGAACCGAAUACAUCCUCUGUUGGGUACCAGGCUCCUUUACCUGCGGAACAGGUGAAGGCAUCCACAGAGUUUGAUUAUGAAGGAGGUAAGGGCUCACCAAAUGGUCGUGGUUGGGGCCGCGGUGGUAGAGGAAGGGGAAAGGCUAGAGGGAAUGGUUUUUUGUUGGCUGAUUAUGAGGACGGAGGAAGGGAUAGGGGUCGGGGUAAUGCUCGGGGUAGUGGUCGGGGAAGAGGGCGUAGUUUUCGUGGCCGUGGAAGGGGAUGGUAUGGUGGACCUCAGGUUGAUACACAACAAGAUGGAGGAUACCAUCGAGAAGCACAUGUUCAAGGCCGUGGACGUGGCCGUGGGAGGGGAUAUCGUGGAAGGGGUCGUAGCUUUAGAUCCAAUGGGCUGAUCUAGGCAGCUGCAUGAUACAUUUAAGUGAGCUAUCAUGAGCACAAUGCAAAUGACUUCAGUGGUGGAGUUUGUUUCCAAUCUAUGUUUUGUUAUCUCUUGUUAGUUUCUUUUUUGGUUUGGUGCUAGUAUUUAUUGUAGGACGUAUUCACAUGUUGGUGUUGUAUACUUCUAGUUUGGAAUUGAUGCCAUAUGAGUCUAACCCUUUUUGUCGUAGAUUUAGGUGAAAUCUUGGACAGUUGUAAUUUUCCAUUUUGACCGAGC